CAAGGGAACAGCGGAAGAGGAGGAAUCGGCCGCAGAAAGAAGGGAUCACUUGCAGCCGUCAGGAUGCAGAGCACCACCAACUACCUGUGGCUCAUCUCAGACCUGCUGGGUCAGGGGGCGACGGCCAACGUUUACAGAGGUCGACACAAGAAAACAGGAGACCUGUACGCCGUCAAAGUCUUUAACAACCUGAGCUUUCUGCGGCCGCUCGACGUCCAGAUGAGAGAGUUCGAGGUUCUGAAGAAACUGAACCACAAGAACAUCGUCAAACUCUUCGCUGUGGAGGAAGAGUCCAACACCCGUCAUAAGGUCCUGGUGAUGGAGUACUGUCCCUGUGGAAGUCUCUACACCGUCUUGGAGGAGUCGUCCAACGCCUACGGACUCCCGGAGGACGAGUUCCUCAUCGUUCUUCACGAUGUGGUGGCAGGUAUGAACCACCUGAGGGAGUACGGGAUCGUCCACCGGGACAUUAAACCAGGAAACAUCAUGAGGGUGAUCGGAGAGGACGGCUGCUCCGUCUACAAGCUGACGGACUUCGGAGCCGCCAGAGAGCUGGAGGACGACGAGCAGUUCGUGUCUCUGUACGGGACAGAGGAGUAUCUGCAUCCAGACAUGUACGAGCGCGCCGUGCUGAGGAAAGACCACCAGAAGAAAUACGGCGCCACGGUGGAUCUGUGGAGCAUCGGCGUCACGUUUUACCACGCCGCCACCGGCAGCCUCCCGUUCAGACCGUUCGAGGGGCCGCGCAGGAACAAGGAAGUCAUGUAUAAAAUCAUCACAGAGAAACCGUCGGGGACGAUCUCCGGUCACCAGAAGUGUGAGAACGGGAAGAUCGAGUGGAGCACAGAGAUGCCGGUGUCCUGCAGUCUGUCCAAGGGUCUUCAGAGUCUCCUGACUCCGGUCCUCGCCAACAUCCUGGAGGCGGAUCAGGAGAAGUGUUGGGGCUUCGACCAGUUCUUCGCCGAGACCAACGACAUCCUGCACAGGACGGUGGUGUACGUCUUCAGCCUGCAGCAGGCCACGCUGCACCACGUCUACAUCCACGAGUACAACACGGCGGCGCUGUUCCAGGAGCUGCUGUCCCGCAGGACCAGCAUCCCUCUGCACAACCAGGAGCUGCUGUACGAGGGCCGCCGCCUCGUCCUAGACCCCAACCGCCAGGCCAAGACCUUCCCCAAGACCUCCAGGGACAAUCCCAUCAUGCUCGUCAGCCGCGAGUCCGUCGCCACCGUGGGACUCAUCUUCGAAGACCCCAGUCCUCCUAAAGUGCAGCCUCGCUACGACCUCGACCUGGACGCCAGCUACGCAAAGACUUUUGCAGGCGACGUCGGACAUUUAUGGAAAACCUCCGAGUCUCUGCUGGUUUAUCAGGAACUGGUGCGAAAAGGAGUCCGAGGUUUAAUAGAGCUGAUGAAGGAGGACUACAGCGAGAUCCAGCACAAGAAGUCAGAGGUUUUCCAUCUGUGUAACUACUGCACACAGAUCCUGGAGAAAACCGAGCAGCUGUUCGAGGUGCUGAUGCAGGGCAACGUGCUGUCGACAGAGUACGACGAGAUCUCAGACAUGCACAAGAAGGUUCGCAGAAUCUCCAGCUCUCUGGAGCCCAUCGAGCGAACAACACAAGACAUCAAGAGUAAAUUUCUCCCAGGAGGCCUGCUGACUGACGGCUGGACACAACAAGUGGGAACACACCCCAAGGACAGGAAUGUGGAGAAAAUCAAAGUGCUGCUGGACGCCAUCACAGCCAUUUACCAGCAGUUCAAGAAGGACAAAGCAGAGAGACGUCUGCCGUACAACGAGGAACAGAUCCAUAAAUUUGACAAACAGAAGUUGGUCCUUCAUGCCAGUAAAGCCAGAUCUCUGUUCACAGAGGAGUGCGCCAUGAAAUAUCGUCUGUUCAUCUCCAAGAGUGAAGAGUGGAUGAGGAAGGUUCAUCACGUGAGGAAGCAGCUGCUCAGUCUGUCCAGUCAGCUGAUCAGCAUCGAGAAGGAGGUCACCAUGCUGAUGGAGAGAGCCAUCAAGCUGCAGGAACAGCUGCCUCAGAAGGUUCUUCCUCUGGUGUCCAGUGGGAUGAAGCCUCAGGCCUACCUGAGCCAGAACACACUGGUGGAGAUGACACUCGGGAUGAAGAAGCUGAAGGAGGAGAUGGAGGGCGUGGUCAAAGAGCUGGCAGAGAACAACCACUUCUUAGAGAGGUUCGGGACGUUGACGCUGGACGGAGGGUUGAGAGGAUGAGAAGUUUGUACAUAAACUGUGUCUUGACCUUGUACAUAAUGAGACUGUAAGAUGUUUUUGUACGACGGGCGUCUCUGAUGUCGUCGGGUUGAUCUGUCAGCGUCGUCCUGUGACUCUCUGCUGCUUUAGAAACGGCUUCGCUGUCUGGAUCAGACGCUUUAAGAUAUUUUAACCUGGUGAUCGGUGAAGGAGCACGGAGCUGUGAGGACUUUGUCAAACAAAAAUCACUUUAAAUACCCUGAAUUCACUAUGAAUUCAUCUGAAUUUACCCCUGAAAACACCUCAGUCUGAGUCAGGUGUUUGGUAGUUACACAUACAUUUAAUUUGAAAAAGUCCUUAAGGUUAAGGGAUUUUGGUUUACGUUAGGGCUCAGAAACAUGUUCAGCUAUAAAUUGAUGAUUAAAUUUAAAGGAUUCUUGAUCCGGUAUUAAGUUUUUUAACAGAUUAACACAGAUUUUGAACUGAAUUAAUGGAGACAUUCAUGGAUUUGAACAGAUUCAGUGUUUAAGGGGUUUUUAAGGCAUAAAAAAAUACGUUAAAUGUAUUCAUUUAAGAGUUUGUACAUUUAAGUAAAAUUACAGUAAUUUUAGGUACAAAUGACUUAUAUGAGAUUUUUUUUGUAAAUUUUAAGGGAUUUUAUUCCAUUAAUGUUUUAGUGAGUCAGAGUAAACAUAAUUAAUAAAUACAGCAGCUGAAAAUGUUUCAGCUCUCCAACACGAACCUUAAUAACUCAUCAUUAAUGAAUUUGUCUUUCUUAAUUAAAGGGAAAGUCAUUUGCACAUUAAAAUCUACUUCAUUUGUUCAUUAAGGGUUUUUUCAAACAGAUGUUAAGCUUUAGUUUUAGAAUGAAAGGACAGAUUUAGGUCUAACUACCAAACAUCUUCAUUUACAGUGUUUGUUAUCAAGGAUAAAUUAAUGAAGAAAUAAUUAAUAUAUUACUAACCAUUAAUUAUCCCCAUAAAGUCUCAUUAGAAUGAAUGACAUCACCUUUGAUGGUUAAACUGAACUUCAAGGUAAAUUUGAGGGAUUAGGUUGAACCAUGCUGAAGCUCUAUUAGAUGUUUAUUUAUUCUUCUUUUAAGGCCAAUCAAUAAUCAUUAUCAGUUUUUUUUCCUCUAUGUUUAUUUCUAUUGUG